UCCCUAUCCACGGUCGUUUUGGCGGCAGCAAAAAUCAACAUUGAUAUUUGUCUCUCCGGCGAGAGGGUAAGGAAACACAGAACAGAGCAGAAGAAGCUACUUCCAUUCCAUUACACACUUACACGUUACUCGCAAAUCCCAUUAUCAUCAUUUUCUAAUUUUCUUUAUCUUCGUUCACUCAUGUCAAUGUGAUGGCUCUCGUACCCACUCGCCAGCUCCACCCAUUCUUCGAUUCAUUUCACACUUCUUCCAACUUCCACUCUCUCCGCUUCUGCUCCCUCUUCCAAUUCCGACACCCUCCCAAUUCCACUUUCCUCGCUGCCAAAACACCCACCUUUCGCUGCAACUCCGCCAAGAGUUUCUCCGCUGAAAAAAACUGGUUGAAACGGUGGAACCACCCCAUUCACAACCGCGCCCGCCCGAAACCGCCACGUGCCCUUCUCGACUAUUCCGGAAAUGGGCAAACGUCAAAAUCCGGUUUUUCCAGCUCCGACGAGGACGCUGAUGGCAACACCCGUGGAAGCACCAUGGACAGGAUCGUGGAAAAACUGAAGAAAUUUGGGUACGUUGAUGACGGGGUUGAGAAUAAGGGAAGAACAAAGGAGAGUGUGAUAGAAAAAGGGUCGGUGGAGGAUAUCUUUUAUGUGGAGGAAGGGAUGUUGCCUAAUGCAAGAGGUGGUUUUUCUCGAGAAUCUCCAUUAGGGUUUGGAAGCUUUGGAAGUGAUGAUGGAGAAGUGAGGUUUCCGUGGGAGAAGCCGGUGGUUGAGGAGUUAGAAGAGAGGAAAUCCGUAAGAAGGAAAAGUAAGACCUCUCUGGCGGAAUUAACUCUUCCUGAGUCAGAAUUGAGGAGGCUGCUUAGGUUGACUUUUGAGAAGAAGCACAAGACCAGAAUUGGGAGAAGUGGGGUUACGCAAGCUGUUGUGGACAAGAUUCAUGAGAGGUGGAAGACUUCGGAGAUUGUGAGGCUCAAGUUUGAAGGUGAGGCCGCGCUAAACAUGAAGAGGAUGCAUGAGAUACUCGAGAGAAAAACUGGUGGUCUGGUGAUUUGGAGGUCUGGCAACUCUGUUUCCUUAUACAGGGGUGUGAGCUACGAUGUUCCUUCAGUAAAGCAGAAUAAACAAAUAUAUAGGAAAAGCGAGAACACUUCUAAGAUUUUAUCAUCACCUUCUUAUAAUACUGCGGGGAAUCCUUCUGACAUCGGCUCUAAUGCUGCAACAAAUGCACCAUUGGCAAAAUUGGAAUCUACAUAUGACAAGAAAGAAAGAGAUUAUCUGCCUAAAGUCAAUUAUGAACAUGAAGUAGACAAGUUAUUGGAUGGUCUAGGCCCUAGAUACACAGAUUGGCCUGGAUGUGAUCCAUUGCCUGUUGAUGCAGAUUUGCUUCCUGGAACAGUUCCUGGUUACCAACCUCCCUUCAGAGUUCUUCCUUUUGGAGUGAAAUCAACACUUGGUUUAAGGGAGGCAACUGCUCUACGAAGGAUUGCGAGGAGCCUUCCUCCACAUUUUGCACUAGGUAGAAACAGACAGCUUCAAGGCUUAGCUGUAGCCAUGAUUAAAUUAUGGGAAAUAAGUUCUAUUGCAAAGGUUGCACUCAAACGUGGUGUGCAGCUAACUACCAGUGAGAGAAUGGCAGAAGAGAUCAAGAAAUUGACAGGUGGUAUACUACUCUCCAGAAAUAAAGACUUCUUGGUCUUCUUUCGAGGAAAGAAUUUUUUAUCUGCAGAUGUCACUCAAGCCUUGCUGGAGAGGGAAAAAAUGGCAAAAGUCAUGCAAGAUGAGGAGGAGCAAGCAAGAUUGAGAGCGUCAUCAUUGCUCAUAUCAACUAAUAAUACAUCAGAGCUGUCAGCAGAGGCGGGGACUCUUGGUGAAACUUUGGAUGCAGAUGCAAAGUGGGGGAAAACAUUGGAUGAGCGUCACAAGCAAAAAAUAAUGAGAGAAGUAGAGCAACUACGGCAUGCAAACCUUGUUAAAAAAUUAGAACAUAAGCUUUCCUUUGCUGAAAGAAAGUUAAUGAGAGCUGAAAAGGCCUUAAUGAAGGUGGAAGAGUCUUUGAAGCCAUCAGAAUACAAAGCAGAUCCUGAAAGUAUAUCUGAUGAAGAGAGAUUUAUGUUUCGCAAAUUAGGAUUGCGGAUGAAAGCUUUCUUACUUCUCGGUAGACGUGGAGUUUUUGAUGGUACUAUUGAGAACAUGCACUUGCACUGGAAGUACCGGGAACUGGUCAAGAUAAUUGUAAAGGCUAAAAACUUUGAACAAGUAAAAAAAAUUGCACUAGCACUUGAAGCUGAGAGUGGAGGUGUUCUGGUCUCAGUUGACAAAGUUUCAAAAGGAUAUUUUAUAAUUGUUUAUCGGGGUAAGGAGUACCAGCGACCUUCAUCUUUGAGACCCAAAAAUCUUUUGACAAAGAGAAAGGCUUUGGCACGUUCAAUUGAGCUCCAACGACACGAGGCGCUCUUGAAUCAUAUUUCAACUUUGCAAAGUAAAGUGGUGAAGCUAAGAUCGGAAAUAGAACAAAUGGAGAAGGUAGAGGACAAUGGAGAUGAAGCAUUAUAUGACAAAUUGGAUUCUGCCUAUCCUUCUGAUGAUGAGAACUCUGAGGUAGAGGAUGGUGAGGUGGGAGAUGAGGCAUAUCUAGAGACCUAUAAUAGCGAAAAUGACAGUGAAGUUGAAAGUGAUAAUAUGUGUUCUCAACAUGAGGAGUUUGCCUCACGAAGUUGAAGGUCAAGGAUCAUGUGAUUUGGGGAUUCCUAACGCCCAAGUGAACCAUUAAUGCCACUCAAUACAUUGGACCACAGACUGAUUGACGAAGAAUAUAAUAUCUCCUUCAGAUCAAAUCGCUGAUAAGAACUUACUCAAUUCAAUGAUAUUGUCACAGGGUAUGCAAUUAGACACGAUCCUGAGUCUAUAACAGCAUCGCAGUUUCUGAGAUGUGUGUAUAUACAUUUGUUCCUAUGAAAUUCUCUGGAACUGAAUAAGUCAACAGGUCAAUUAAUAUAUGGUGGAGGAAUAGGGCCAAGAAAAAUGCUAGUAACACUUUGUAACACCUUUUUAAAACAUUCUGGUAUUGACCAAAUUUAUUGAAAAUCAUAAAAUUUUAUUGAUCUCAUUUUGCAUUUAA